AAAAUUCUUGGUAGUAAGCUGACAUACUUUAAUAUUUUUCUCUGUUCUUCCGAUAAAAUUUCCGUCAUCAGAAAAACCCUAUUUCUGCCUAGACGUCAUCGGAAAAAUCCUAGUUCUCAUCGGUACCGGCGCUAAUCAGAUAUAAUUAGCGAUGGACUCUGUGAAGCGUAAAUCUAGGAAGGAGGAGACGAUGAGGAGCCAUCGUCUGCGUGAUAAGCGGGAGAAGACCGGCCAUGGAAGCUGCUGUUCUGGUAGAGAGAAAGAAGGAGAAAGAGAAGCUGAGGGAUAGAAGGAACCGGGAUGAUGAAGGAGAAAGGAGCAAGGGCAGGAAGAGAGAACGAGAAGGUAUAGUGGAGAGAAGAGACGAAGAUUUGGGGAAGAAGGGGCGUGAGAGGAAGAGACGUAGGGAGAGGGAGAGAUAUAGCAGCAAUGAUAAUUGUGAAGAUGAGGAUGACCACAUGGAGAGAACAUGUGUGCAGAGCAGUAAAGAAAAGAAAUCCCGAGAGGAGGAAUUAGAGGAUAAACAGAAAAAAUUGGAUGAAGAAAUGGAGAAGAGGAGAAGACGAGUACAGGAGUGGCAAGAGCUGAAGAGAAGAAAAGAAGAAGCUAAGAAAGAAAAAUACGGGGAAGUAUUAAAUAAUGAUGAACCCCAGACAGGCAAAACUUGGACUCUUGAAGGAGAAUCUGAUGAUGAAGAAGCUGGAACUUCAAUUAGUCCUAAUGAUUCUAUUGAGGAUGACGAUAUUAUUGAUUCAUUAGAUGCUUACAUAAAGUCCAUCUUACCAGAAGUCGAGAAGCUAAGUAAUGGAAUGAAGCUGAAGAAAGGCUCUGAGAAAUCACUGGGGAGAAUAAUUGCUGGUGAGGAUUCUGAUUCUGAUUCAGAGUCAGAUAAUGGUAACACUGAAAAUAGUGAAAGCAACUUAGUUGAGGAAGAUGAUGAUGAAGCCAUAAAGAGGGUCAAGAAAACAAAACUUGAAAAGCUGUCUGUUGUUGAUCACUCAAAGAUUGAUUAUAGACCAUUUCGUAAAAAUUUCUAUAAAGAAAUGAAGGCGAUAUCAAGGAUGACUUCUGAAGAGGUUGCUACUUAUAGAAAAGAGUUAGAGUUGAAAGUACAUGGCAAAGAUGUUCCAAAUCCAGUUAAAACAUGGAACCAACUUGGAUUGAUAACUAAGAUUUUGAAGACAAUUAAGAAACUUAAUUAUGAGAAGCCUAUGGCAGUUCAAACUCAGGCACUGCCAAUUAUAAUGAGUGGGAGAGACUGCAUAGGGAUUGCAAAGACUGGCUCUGGAAAAACCCUCGCUUUUGUGAUUCCAAUGCUGAGGCAUAUCUUUAACCAGCCACCUGUGGAAGAUGGAGAUGGGCCGAUUGGACUUAUAAUGGCACCAACCAGAGAGCUUGUUCAACAGAUACAUAGUGACAUAAGGAAGUUUGCCAAGGCGCUGGGAAUUAGAUGUGUACCAGUGUAUGGAGGUUCUGGUGUUGCUCAACAGAUCAGUGAUUUAAAGCGGGGAACUGAGAUUGUUGUCUGUACCCCAGGUAGGAUGAUAGACAUACUAUGCACUAGUGGGGGAAAAAUUACAAAUCUCCGAAGAGUGUCAUAUCUUGUUAUGGACGAAGCUGAUCGCAUGUUUGAUAUGGGUUUUGAACCUCAAAUCACCAGAAUUGUACAAAAUAUUCGACCGGAUCGUCAAACUGUACUCUUUUCUGCAACUUUCCCUCGGCAGGUUGAGAUUUUGGCUCGUAAAGUAUUGAACAAGCCUGUGGAAUUCCAGGUUGGUGGGAGGAGCGUUGUGAACAAGGACAUUACCCAGUUGGUUGAGUUAAGGCCAGAAACUAAAAGGUUCUCGAGACUGUUAGAGCUACUUAAAGAGUGGUCUGUGAAGGGUAAGAUUUUGAUAUUCGCUCAGACGCAGGAGAAAUGCAAUUUGCUACAUAGGGAUUUAAUAAAGCAUGGCUUUAAAUGCCUUCUUUUUCAUGGUGCUAGGGAUCAAAUGGAUCGUGAGUCAGCAAUUUCCGACUUUAAGAUGAACGUCUGCAAUGUGAUGACUGCCACGAGUGUUGCUGCCCGAGGUUUGGAUGUGAAGGAGCUUGAACUGGUGAUUAACUUUGAUGUUCCAAACCACUACGAGGAUUAUGUUCAUCGUGUUGGUCGAACAGGGCGAGCUGGUCGAAAAGGUUGUGCAAUCACUUUUAUUUCUGAGGACGAUGCAAGAUAUGCGCCAGAUCUUGUAAAAGCAUUACAACUCUCUGAGCAAGUUAUUCCGCAAGACCUGAAAGCUCUUGCUGAUGGUUUUAUGGCAAAAGUGAAUCAGGGGCUUGAGCAAGCCCAUGGAACCGGUUAUGGUGGAAGUGGUUUUAAAUUCAAUGAAGAGGAGGAUGAUAAGAUAAUAGCAGCAAGGAGAGCACAACUAAAGGAAUAUGGCUAUGACGAAGAGAAGCCCGAUUCAGAAGAUGAAGAUGACGGUGUGGUCCGUAAGACAGAUGGUGGUGAUGUUUCACGGCAUAAUAAUAAUGCCCUUGCUUCUUCUGCUUCCAUAGCAACACCAACAACCCCUAAUAUCACACCUGGAGCUGAAGCUAAGGCACUUGCUGCUUCCAUCAACUUACAUCAUAACAUUGCAAAGAUUUUUGCUGAUGCCAUGCCUGAACGUUAUGAAGCAGAGGUCGAGAUUAAUAAUUUCCCACAAAAUGCUCGGUGGAAGGUUACCCGCAAGGAAACAUUGGGCCCGAUUUCUGAAUGGACUGGUGCUUCCAUCACUACCAGGGGACAGUUCUUCCCGCCAGGUCAUAUUCCAGCUUCAGGGGAUCGAAAGCUGUACUUGUUCAUCGAGGGCCCUAGUGAAACGUCUGUUAAGAGAGCUAAAACAGAGCUUAAAUGUGUUUUGGAAGACAUCACGAACCAGGCAUUAUCAAUUCCUGGAAAAUACUCACUAUAAGUGUAAGUUAUGCCGCUGUUUCUGUACAGAACAUGAUCAGUAGUUUUAGUGGGUUUCUCUUACAUUGUAUGCAAAUAUUUGAUGCCCUUAACUUUUUAUUGGUUUGAAUAUUUGCAUCACUUCUUCCGAAUGCUUUUGGGUUGCUUAUUUUUAUGCGUUGUUAGAGCUAUUUAAUUGUUUGUUUUUGCUUGUUAGUUAAUUAUCUUGUCAAUUUUUUUCUAUCUUCCCCUUUUAAUUUCUUUCUUUUUCCUGCCUUUUAUGUCGUUUACCGUUUCUCCAAUGGGUACCGAGGGAUGAUUUUGGGUUAUGCUCGCAUGUCCAAUAAACUUUCUGUUUAAGUAACUGUUGAAAAGACGGGCGAUCUGAUGAGGGUGGAAAAGUGUUGCAGAAGAUAUACAUUUUACGUUUCAAAGAAGGCGCUUGGGUUUGCACCAUAACAGUAAAAUGAAAUCAUUGUUGGAGUCUUACCUAAUCAGCUUGAAUGUUUCCUUCUUGCCAAAAGUUACAACUAUAUAUUUCAACUGUUUAUGAAAAAUUUGGCAUAACAUUUCAGUCUGUAUUUUAAGGGUCUGAAAUUGGUCAUGCUUUGGGCAAGAAAUACCACAUAUUUGUGACUGUGAGGUCUCUUGUUCUGGGUGUGUAUGUAGCUUUGUGAUUAUGGGGCUGUGCAUUAGUACAAAACAAGUCAACAAUUCACACCAUGGUUCCAUUUUGUUGCCAAAGAUGAGGUGGACAUCAGCCAAUCAAGUAGCAAGGUCUCGUCCGCAACAGAGCCUCCAGCUGUCCAUACAAAUG